GAUGACAACAGCCACCGAUCCGACGACAGCCGGCACCGAUCCGACGGCAACAGCCACCGAUCCGACGACAGCCGGCACCGAUCCGAUGACAACAGCCACCGAUCCGACGACAGCCGGCACCGAUCCGAUGACAACAGCCACCGAUCCGACGACAGCCGGCACCGAUCCGACGGCAACAGCCACCGAUCCGACGACAGCCGGCACUGAUUCGACGGCAACAGCCACCGAUCCGACAGAAACCGAUCCGACGACAAUCGGCACCCAACCGACGACAAUCGGCACCCAACCGACGACAAUCGGCACCCAACCGACGAAAGACUGCAUCAAUAUGACAGCAAUCGGAACCAAUCUGACGGCAAUCGGCACCAAUCUCACGGCAAUCGGCACCAAUCUGAUGGCAAUCAGCACUAACCUAACAGAAGUCGGCACCAAUCUUACGGCAAUGGGCGCCAAUCUGUUGGCAGUCGGCACCAAUCUGAAGGCAAUCGGAACCAAUCUGACGCCAAACGGCACCAAUCCGACGGCAAUCGGCACCAAUCUGACCCAUGACCUUUCCAACCUGGAAGGGGGCACCCGAUACUCCAUCCAGGUGUUCCCUGUUAAAUGUGGGCGGUCCCUGAACCCACAGGCCGCCACCUUCUACACCAUACCUAACGAAGUCCAAAACCUCAGUGUGACCAAGGUGACGGAAACAUCAGUGUUUCUGAGCUGGAAUAAACCAUCUGGACACGCGGAUCUCUACCAAGUCAAGGUCAACGGUUCUGAUCAUUCCAAAACCACCAUUCUGACGAGGUCAGAGGUCGUCGGUUUGAAGCCUGGAAUCAAUCACACGUUCAUCGUCUUGUCAGGACUCUAUAGCGACUCCCUCCGGAGUGAAGCAUCACACAUCUCGGGAUGUACAAAGCCUCUGAGAGUGUCCAACCUGAAGGUGUCGGGAAAUACCCCACACUCUCUGCUGCUCAGCUGGACGCCGCCUGAGGGCUACAUCACAGGCUUCCAGGUGCAGGCCCUGAAUGACACUAACGACACACUGUGCGAGGAGACGGUGGAAGGCGAGUGGAAUCGUACUCGGCCGGAGGUGAAAGUGACGGGGCUGCCGAUCGGCACCAGGAUAACCCUGAGCGUGGUGGCCAUCGCCUCUGGCACCGUGGAGUCAGACAAGGCGACCAUCGUCAACUACACCGCCCCUGCGCCGAUUUCAGACCUGACCUUGGAGACGACACAUAGCACCCUCAAGGCCACCUGGAAACAGCCUACCGGUAGCUACUCGUGCUUUGACGUCACGCUGCGGCUGGACGGUAAGGACGUGGAGACGACAGCAGACGUGCCCAAGCCUGAGAAGUACUAUGAGAACCUGAUGAAUGGAGCCAAUUACACGGUGAUCGUCCGCACCGUGAGUGGACAUCUCCGAAGUCCACCGCUGGGAAACUCCAAAUUCACCCUGCCGCGCCCGCCCACUGAUGUCCAGGUCGUUUCCUGCUGCAAGGACCGACUCACCUUCAACUGGACGGCCCCUAACAGCACAAAGACAACCACGCACCUUGUGAACAUCAGCUCCAGCUUCUGGAACUACAAAAAGUCGGAGACAGUGGUCGGCAAAACAGAACACACGUUUGAGAACCUGACAUCAGGGACCAGGUUCUUGAUUCAAGUGCAAACCGUGGCCGACACAAUGAGAAGUUCCCCAGCGGAUAUUUCCCACUGCACAGAGGCCGACGAGAGAGAAAUCAGCCUGUCCAUGUUGUGCUCCUCCGUGGAACCUCUCCACUGUGCAGAGACCUCCACCAAGGAGAGUGUGUUCAGUCAGCUGGAGGCCCAUUUUGAAAAUCUACUGGGGGACCAUGUUUUCUGGAAACUCGAGAAGCAAGAAAGUGAAAACACAAUUUCUUAAUUUUCAGUGAUAUUGAUGAAGAUAAUUUGACUCGUUUUACUUCUUGGUUUUUUCAUCAACGAGUUAUUUAUGUUUGACUGCAGUUUCAGAAAUUUGAAUAUUGUGUGUGUGUUUGCGUGCGCAUGUGGGUGUGUGUGUCUUUUAGUGAUUACAUUCAGAAUUUCAAGAUUCAACAAAUAUAAAAAAAACAAUAAACUUAAUAGCUUUAAUGUUGUUCUGCGUCUAUUGAAAACAUUUCCUAUACAUUAAAAGAUACUUGCGUGUACGACAAAAUGUAUGUUGAAUUCUAUUUUACAUUAUGCAUUUUUAAGGUUUAAGGUUAAGCGUAUUUACCCCUGACUGAAAUUGGUUAUUUUUCCAUUUUUCAAACAGGUAAUAAAUAAUCUGUCUUUAAUAUUUAACACUAAUCUUCAGUUUUCUUUCAUCAACAUUUUAAAUGUGUAAAUAAAACCCAGACAAUUAACAUUAACAGAUAUUUUUCAAAACAAAAUGAAAGAAUCAAAAGUCGUACAAAGGCGGUAAAUUCAGUUUUUCAGUCCGUUUUUUCCAAAUAACAGUUUUCUAACAGUUUUGAAAAGCAGCAGAUAAACCAGAUGCUGUUUGAUUCUGGGAAAUAUGGAAUCGAUCAGUUCAGCAGAUAAACAAACAAACAGAUAGAGGAGCAUCGGACAUUCACAGGAAAUAAUAAACACACAUAUAACAACACAUAUAACACCUCCAGCCUCUGAGAUGCUGCUGGUAUAAAUACUUUUUGCAGAUGUAGGCCGCUGGUUCCCAAACGCCCUGCCAGCUUCCUCUACUCGGGUUGCUUUUUUAGAACACUUUUAAUUUCUUGACCUCUUAUGUUGAAGUGAGCUGUUGUAUUAU